AAAAUUCAAGUUUCAAAUAAACCAUGAGCAAUAGCCGACCUGACCAUUCACUCGUAAAGUACAACACCCCUAUUCUGGUAAGUACAUCCAAGGGAGGAAAGAAAAAGCAGAAGAAGGCUCUUCCUCCACUGAAAGAGUCGGCAGCUAUGAGUAAUGAAGAUUUGCUCAACGAAAUUCUUCCGCCAAGAGAAUUUACUCAAAAAGGGCAGCUCUGGAUCCAGUACGUAUCAUCUACACCUGCUACAAGAGUUGAUGUGGUGAACCUCAAAAAUGAGCUGAAUAAUAAAUGAGAGCAGAAGCAAGCAAUAAGCACUGGAAUCUGCCCUAUCCGUGAAGAGCUAUAUGCCCAAUGCUUCGAUGAACUAAUCAGACAGAUAACUAUCAAUUGUAACGACAGGGGUUACCUACUAGUCAAGGUCAGAAAUGAGAUAAACAUGACCAUCCAGGCCUACCAAAGUCUCUAUGAAAGUGCCAUCUCCUCAGGAAUCAGGAAAGCAAUCCAGUCAGAUCAAAAAUAAAAAUGACAUGGUGGAUAAAAUUGCUCAAUUAGAAGAUGAAUGCCUAGCCCUUGAGAGAGAAGGAGAAGACCUUGAGAUCCAAGUAGAGGAAACUAUUAAGAAACACGAAGAGAUCAGAGAAAAAGAAACUACUGCACAUCAAAAAUGGAAAGAGGAAGUCAAACUCAAGCUUCAGGGAUAUAGGGAUGAUAUUGACGAAGCUCUAUCGAAUCCCAAUAGAUAAAUAUUUAAACUCUGUUAGAGGUAUUAGAGCCAGAUACAAGCUCUCUUGAAGAUAUCCAAUAUUGGUAACUUCCAUGUCGAGUAAUCUUUAAGUGAGCUAUCACUGUUAGAAAAUGGCAAUACCUUCUCUGUUAAUUUAAAGUGGAAUAAAUAAUUAUUUGUCUA